AGAUGGGGCUGUCAGGGAUAUACUUCUAGGGCAACCCCCAAUUCUUGCGCACACUGGAGUCGCCUUUGCGGGAGAGGCGAGAGAAGCACUAGGCACGUUUACUAGCUGCAGAAAAUCAAGAGGAAGGGUCUAGGGUUUUGUGCAACAGGGAGCGGGCUUUUGGGGGAAAGUAUAGACUUAUAGGCAUCUGUAUAUACAGGCAGGUGCGGGCUUGCACACACACACACACACACACACACACGCACACAAGCACACAACCUGAGACCAAGCAUACUCCUCAAAGACGGAGAGCGGGGUCCUUAAGUUAACAAAAAUAGGCAGGUUUUAUUUGAUGUUGGUACAUUAGGUUCAUAUUAAUCUAGAGUGUGAGGGUUUUCCAGGUUUGUUCAGUUACUCUGAAGCUGAGACCUGAUUAUCAAUAAGUGAACUCAAACUCAUAUCUUUCCUAUAAUUAACGUGUGUGUAUAUUUCUACAACUUUUUUUUGUUGUUGUUUUGUUCCGGGUGGGGAGAAAGUUGUGUCAAGGCAUUGAAGGAGAGAGGAAUACACCAGACACAGACACAUACACAGACACACAGACACACAGACACAGACACACACACACACACAGACACAUACACACACCCUGAAUUCCAGAAGCAGGUCCUGUAGUAAUCCAUUCGCUGCCUCUGUCUACUCAGGGAGCGGAUAGUUGGGCUGUGUUGGUAUGACAUAAGGCUUUGGGGAAUUUGUGGCGAAGAGAAACUAGGAAUUGCGAAAGCCCUGGCCAUGAUAUCAGACUCAGGAUCUGGAUAGGCGAGGGGGCAAUUUCCACUUCUGUAGUCCAUAUCUCGAUUCAGCCAGACUUCAACAAAGCCAGCCAGGAGCAUCUGAUGGAAGAAAUGAUGGGAGAAUCAUAUGUUUUUGUUUCUUCCUGAUUUCUCUUUUUCACGUCUUCCUUCAUCAUCAAUAACACACCUUGGGGUGUUUGGGUUUGGGGUAAGAAUAUUUUUUCGGGGGAGACAUUUUGGAUACCGAGGGUUGAAAAGGGUGGGUGCGGGGGAACCAGAAAGGGUUGAAUAUUUGGGGGAGGAGGGUGGGUAGGGGUUCUGCAUGAGCUCCUUAAAGGACAAAGGUAACAGAGGGAGCGAGAGAGCUAGAGGGAAGACUUUGACUUUAAACCACAGAAUUGGUGGAAGUGUGUGCUACGCUGCUGCCGCUGCUGCUGCUGCUGCUGAUACUGCCACUGCUAUUCAGGCUCCCGCGUCUGCUCUUGCUUUUGGUUGGUUUCAGAGCUCCCGGGUCCGGGAAGGUAGUGAGCCAACGCAGGGGAGCGCCUGCCGGCUGCAGCGGAGGUCGCUCAGGAUGGGCUCGGGGAGCCAGGCGCUGUCCAUGGUCCCAGCGGUUCUCCUAGCACUGACUCUGCCUGGGCUUCCUGUGUGGGCGCAGAACGACACUGAGCCCAUAGUCCUGGAGGGAAAGUGUUUGGUGGUAUGCGACUCCAAUCCGGCUACAGACGCCAAGGGCUCUUCCUCGUCUCCCUUGGGGAUCUCAGUCCGGGCAGCCAACUCCAAGGUUGCUUUUUCAGCCGUAAGGAGCACCAACCACGAACCAUCAGAGAUGAGCAACAAGACACGCAUUAUUUACUUCGAUCAGAUCCUAGUAAAUGUGGGAAAUUUUUUCACUUUGGAGUCUGUCUUUGUAGCACCAAGGAAAGGAAUUUACAGUUUCAGUUUUCACGUAAUCAAAGUCUAUCAGAGUCAAACAAUCCAGGUUAAUCUGAUGCUAAAUGGAAAGCCAGUAAUUUCGGCAUUUGCUGGAGACAAGGAUGUUACACGUGAAGCUGCUACUAAUGGAGUCCUACUCUACCUAGAUAAAGAGGAUAAGGUUUAUCUGAAACUGGAGAAAGGUAAUCUGGUUGGAGGAUGGCAGUAUUCUACGUUUUCUGGCUUUCUGGUGUUCCCCCUAUAAAGUCUGAUUUCUCUGUGACAUUCAUCCAGGUGUGGAGCAGCCAAUUCCCUCUGUUAUUUGAAGAUCAUUUUAUCGUCAUUGGAUUGAUGUUUCUUAUUGAUUUCUCAUGGGUGAAUAUGGAUUCUCUUUAAGGCUUCUGGGCCUAUCUGAACCAGUAUGAAGUUUCACAGAAUUUUUGUGUGUUUAAGUAUAUUUGGACUGAGAUGUUAAGCAGACAAUCCAUAUCUAUGCUUAAUGUUAACAGUCAGAAGCUGCUUGCAAGAUUUAUUCAGAAUUUCAUUGACUGGACUUGCCAGAGUCAUUGGAGGUGUGGAAUUUCAUGGUUUUAAAAGGACUGGCAACCAGGUCUAUAAAUUAGGACUAUUUGCAUUCCGACUUCAAUCAAGAAUUCGUGUCUUGCUGCCAAAGAACUGUUUAUUGAGCUAUUGGUUCUAUUUGUUUUUCUUUCUUUCUUUCUUUUUUAAACUUCAUUUUGUUCUCCUGAGAUAACUGGCAAUUGUUAUUCAAUGACUGGUCUUGUGUCUUCUCUACGUGUAGCAUAUUGGAUGGCUGACCCAUAGAUGUACCCUUAAUCAGUGAUCACAAACAUGACAGCCCUAAGGGGAGGGAAGGGGAUGCAUCAUAGUUGUAUUUUAAUUGUAUACAUGAAAGAUUCAUAUUUUCCAAGUUAUAUUUUCUAAUAGCAAGAAUAGAUCAUAAGUCUGACAAAGGAAAAAAAUUGCUUACCCAUGUUCUGAGUGAUCAAUUCAUAAACCUUGGCAAAAUUACGCUCCUCUGCAGGAAAUUGUAUACUUUAUUGUUCAACUUUAAUUAACGUGAUUGAUAAUAACCACUUUAUUAAAAACCUAAGGGAUUUUUUCCUUAGACCCAACCACUUUAUUAGCAGGAGAUGAGAUCCCCUUGUUUUUAAUUAUGUCUAUUUUUCAAGCCUUCAGUUGUGUUCUAGGUAUAAUCUGGUUUUGCCUUAACUCCUCAAAUUGUAUAUACUUGUAGAUCAUCUGUUUAGCUAAUAUUAAAUCUAAAUAUCCCAUAUCUAAACUUGGUGCAAUAUCUCUUUGUCUUUUGUACAGGUCAUAUGAGUUCAUACAUUUAUUUAUGAUGUCACCAUUCACAGAAUAAAGGUCAAUAUAUGUUA